AUGUGUCUUCGUCGCUACGGCUUAAAUUACAUCAAGCCCUAUCCAAAGAACAUCAUCAAACUGAAGUACGCUGGAGAGCCUUUGUUAUUUUAUCUGCAUCAAAAUUGGCCAAAGCAGGAUUGGAAAAUCUCUAUUGAUAUUGAACAGCCAACAAAGCGUUCAUUGCAUUUCCGAGUAUCCAAGAAGUGGGUGAGUGCGCGACUCUUCUCAACAAAACUCUUCGAGCUCAUUCGGAAAAACGUCUUCCAAUUUGCAGACUUCGACAGAAUCUUCCCAUCUUUCCGUUGUCCUGAAGAUAUCUUGCGGCAGAAAGAUUUAGCGCCAGAACUAAAUGCAUCAAUAUACAGCCUUCUAUAA